CUUGUUGUUGUGAUAAAAGUAGGUUUACUAUAAAGCAUAAACCACAUAUUAUAACAAGUAAAUAUUAUUCAGUUUAUCAGAUUCAUAAAAUUAUAUUUCGAAAUGUAAGUAUUUACUUGAGGUUUUACUUUUACCUGUAGGUUUUGUUAUCCUAAAAAAAUAAAAUAUAAAAGCGGCCAAUAACUACUGACAAUGAGUGACUGGACGAAUCUAGAGGAUAUAAUGCAAGACUUGUCAGUGGCACAGGGGUGUGUGGUGCCAGCAUCGUUGGAGACAUUUGGUGCUGAAUGCCCUCCGGCUUACUAUGUUCAGGAAGAAGGUGAUCAACAUUCACAUUAUGACUCUGCUGACACAAUUGGAGGCUCCAUUGCUCCGGAUUAUUCUUUAAUUCAAUUAAUGCUGAACAUGGUAAACAAACCAUCAGAAAGCCAUGAAAGUGACGCAGUAGAACCAGACCAGCCUGUUAAAAAAAAAAUUCACCGGAAUGUAGCUCUCACAUCUAUCUUGGCGGCUAAGGAAGCUGAACAACUUGAUAAGCAGCCGUUUUCUACUGGGGUAAUACCCACAAUGUUUAUAAGAAAAGCUGCAACCCGGGCUGGAGUGAAAACUGAUAUAAAGUCACCACCUCCAAUAGUCAGUACAGAGAAACGAUAUUCCCCAAGUCCAUAUGCAAGAGAGUGCCAAAGAAAAUAUGAGGAGAAAAAAGAAAUUGUUGAAGACAAAGGAAUUGUUGAUAUUUGGUCAAAAGCGGAAAGACAGAUGAAAGAAAUUGAGGAGAGGAAAAAACGUUCAACGCAGCUAGUUUCUCCAGCAGAUUGUAAUGCAGAUGUAGAUGCUCUAGAUGCAGUGAAAUUGUAUCGACAUCGACAUGAAAUCUGUGAUGACUGCAUUGUGUGCUCAGUUGCACACAAGCAUGGCUACCAUUUCUGAUUAACUAGAACAGGGCUGUCCAAACCAUGGCCCGGCUUGAAUUGUUGCGGCCUGCAGAAUCUUUUGUAUCUUCUUAGUUUAAGUAUAUUAAUGAGCUUAUUAUAUUUAAUCCCACCAUCUCGGAAAGAAUAGUUUUGCACUUCAAUAUCUGAGUGCAAAAGCAGUUCUUAAACCCUAGAGUGGCAAACUGAUUUGAAAUUAUUUUCUUUCUCUUUCUUUUCUUCUUUCUCUUUCUUUUCUUCUUUCUCUUUCUCCAUUUGUGACAAUCUUGAUAAGAAUGAUUCAACUAAUUAAGUAAUAGUUUUUAGAUCGAUUUUUAACCUCAUUUUAUUUUUAAACUGAGUUUUUAAAUGAACAAACUUAAAUGGUGCUUCUUUUUAAUUUGAUACUCAUAUGCGCGCCAUUUUCUUUCUAACCGACUUCCCAAAAAGUCCCAAUUCGUCGGGAUCUUUUUUUUAUGUGUGUUCAUCGAUUACUCGAAGACACCUGGACUGAUUCGCAAAAUUAUUUUUUUACUUGGUAUACCUCCAAGGUGGUCCCAUAAUCACCAGGUCAGGAUCUGAUGAUGGAAACCCUGAGAAAUCGAGGGCAACUUUCGAAAAUUGUAGGCAUAGUUUAAAAACUUGACAAAGCGGUGUACGUCUAAUAACACCAUGCAACAGUGAAUGUUUGGAGCUGACCUGAUAAUGGAGGCGAGAGAAGGUCGAGGGAACUCGCCAUCUGAAUAUGAAAACUACCUCGUGUUUCGGCUUAUAUGUAUUAUUCGUAUUGAUGAGACCUUUCCACUAAUGAGGAUAGUGACAACUAUGCUUGUCACUGAAAAGCCAAAAAAGAAAAAAACUAGACACUAGAUUUGAUCACCUAAAACUCACAUCACUGAUUGACUCGACAACUCGGGAAAAAGUUGCUUAUGAAAUAUUGAUAUAGGAAUUUAUUUUUAUAAAUAUUUGCGGCCCCCCAACAGGAAUUUUUGAUUGGCCCUGAGUCCCAUCUAGUUUGGACAGCCCUGAACUAGAGGAAAACCAACGUUAAAGGUCCUUAGUACAUGCCAAAGUUGUUAACUGAUUUUAGAUUAUAUUUUAAUGAAGACAUUGGCGAUAAUAGAUCGACUAUAUUUAUUACUGAAUAUUUGUAAAACACUCCAGUAACGUAGUUUAUUAUGUCGUAUUUAUCUAAACGGUACUGAUUUGAUAUAAGACUGCAUUUCCAUUACCAGAGUGCCUAGCGUGAGUUAUGCCAGUUAAGUUUCUCUUUCAGCUUCUCUUUCUUUCGGUUUCUCAUCGCGCUUAUAUUACGUCCAAAAGCCGAUGACAGCUUUAUUAAAUAAACAGAAAGUUAGAUAGAAAGUUAACUUGAAAAACUUAUUCGUCAUCUCGACACACAAACCUCACCACGAAUGUUCCAGUUGGUGAAAUUCAAGAUUUGUGCAUUUAUCAUGUCGUCAACUUGCCACGUCAAGAUUUAUAAUUCGUGUCCACUUAGUUAAACUUAGAUUUUAUCAUUGCAUUUCCGUUUUGCAAACAUUUGAAACGCGAAAAAAUGAUUCCAAACUCCUCCAUAGCCUUUCCCUGGACCUCUCCUUCUCUGUCCAUCCACUCUCGAGUUUUAGUCAGACUAACAAACUGCAAUUCAUUUUUAUAUGUAAGAGAAGGUAUAUUAAUUUCUAAAUAUUAGUAAGAAAGGUACUUUGAAUUUCAUUGUACAAGUAUCUACUAAGGAAUCAUAAGUUCACUGAGUUUCACCAUCUAGACACAUUCGUGGUGAGGUGAGUUUAGUGUUUCGAGAUGACGAAUAACCCGAAAAACUCCCACUAGUUAAAUUCGUACAUCGACGAAGUAUGUAUUGUAUGUAUUGACUAGCAAGCGCAGCGUAGGACGUCCACCAACAAGGUGGACAGACGACCUUAUAAAGGUCGCCGGAAGACGCUGGAUGCAGGUCGCCUCCAAGGUAUCUGUGGAGAUCUAAGGGGGAGGCCUAUGUUCAGCAGUGGACGUCCUAUGCCUGAGAUGAUGAUGUAUUGUAUGCUGCUGCAAGUUAUAAUAGCCUAUUAUUAUGUUUAGUAAGAUUUUAAGAAAGUUACUGUAAAAUUAUAUGCAUUAAGAGAAUUCUAUGUAUGUAUACUAAUAUUAUAAAAUGGAAAAAUUGUUAUUUGUUAUACAAGAGUGCAAAGUUGCUUAUUAACCGCGGGCUCAAUUUUGAUGACCGAGCAAGCGAUGGAUUCCCACGGGCCGCGGUUGAAACCACGUGAAAACUGCUAGCAACAUAUAGGGUACCUACCUAGGUGAUAAGUCAAAGGCUGAUAAAAAAGGGUCUUAAGUAAGUUAAGAGAGUAUAUUGGACGUUUGUUCUCAUAAUGAACUUAGUAUUACUUUGGUUACAGACCUACUGGAUUUAUUUUGUCCAAAAUAUUUUAGUCAUCCAAGCUGUGAUGAAUUUAAAUAAAACUACUUUUACGGAUUUUGUCUGUUUGUUUUGUUUAACAGUCUAAUAUUCGCGUAAGUGUAUGAUAAUUUAAUGUGAUAUUUUGUUUUAAUCACGACUUAAUUAAAAAAGAGAAAAAUUUAAAUUAUGGUGUUUUAUUUAAGGAUUAGUUAUGUCGAGUUCUUAAGAUCUAAACACCCUUAAAUCAAAAAUAAAACUCGCCGCUAAGAUACUGAACUCCCACCUACAAAUGACUUGUAUAUUGAUAGUUGUCAAACAAAUAUCAGUGAGUAUCAGCAUAAUAUCACAGGCACGAUAUUCGCGGACCAUUGCUAAUGACUCUUGAUCAAUAUACUCCUUUUUGUAAGACUGUGUGUAUGAAUAUGUACUCAUUUAAUUGUCACUUAAGAACCAUACAAUCAGUUUGCUUCUUAAACGGCCGAUUGACGCUCGUUUCUACGUUAUCUAAAUUAUACUGUGAUGACAAAAAUUAAAUCAACACAAAGAAUAGGCUGUGUGUGGAGUUUCCUAGUGAAGUUUAAGAUUUUGUGAAAAAUAAA